UUUAGCGGAGACGGGGGAGCAGUCACAGCUGGAGGGAUAAUCAGAUGCGCAUGAAGUAGGUAUCUGGCAGCAAAUAGAAGAUAACAGAAAGUUUUCAAAGAGAGUACAGGUCUCCAUUUCCAGUGGUGGCUUUGUUUUUACAAGUGCAUCAGUAGGUCUACUGCUGGGCUAUUUACUUAAAUUUCCAGAAAAGGAGAGGUAGUUCACAUAAAAUCUCCGUUUAGUGGUUGGUGGAAUUACAAGUUUUUGCAAUUCACUUGGCAGGAUAAAAUUAACGUCCUUUGCACAGAGAGUAGAGUUCUUUGCCAGCUCUCCAGUCGGGAGUGGGAGGGUCCAGAUGUUUGAGUAGCCGUGGUUCCAGAUGUUGGUUCCAGUUGUAGGCCUACUUGGUGACCAAGCAUAGAUAAACAAGUUAAAAUUACAAUGAAAACAUUGAACACGUUAAACCUCUUCCAAAACAGUUUCUGAUCAGAGGAUAGCACUUGGAUCUCUUGAAACAGUGCACGGACUUUCUUCAUUUCAGACCGUGCUGGAGCCACAAAAGCUGAUCUGGGGAGCAACUGUGUUGGAUACGCUGCGGUGUAGUCUCAAAGGGCAUCUCUCCAUGCAGGACUUGGAUUUUAGCGAAGAAGUGAACUUCAGGCACCAGAAGAUGCGUUUGGGAUCACCGUAUUCGACCGCUGCCUGCCUUUCCGUCCGAGUUGGAGAGAGGUGUCUCUUAAUGAGGCUCACGGUGCUAAUGCACACGUCUUCUAAACUUUGAGAAAACUCAUGUAGGAACUUUCUCUUAUUGGACUGGGUGCCUCACCUACGUAGCCUGUUUAACUUGUGCAGUUCAGUAGAUCACUGAACUGGCUGCUGUGGUUGAUUGAGACCACAAAUAGUUUUUUUACACAGUGAUCAUCUCAGCGGUUUGAGGACACCCAAAUGUCUACCUGCAGCAGUACGACUCCUCCGACCUUCCCUAAAGCCUAUCUCCAUUCUCAACAUCCACCCGCGCCACCAUCUCCCUCCACGUCCCCAAGCCCUAUCCUAUACAGCCGCCUCUCCAACGGGAGUUUGAAUGCUCCAAGUCCAACGAACUCCAGGAGCUCGUUCCAUGGGGUCUCUUUUCUUCUUCAGAUUGGACUCACCCGUGAAACAGUUAACCUGGAGCCGAACGACUUGUCAUUAUCUGCUGUGAAGGACCUUGUUUGCUCCAUAGUCGACCAAAAGUUCCCAGAGUGUGGAUUCUUUGGAAUGUAUGACAAGAUCCUUCUCUUUCGGCAUGACCUGAAUUCCGACAACAUCCUCCAGAGGCUCACUUCAGCUGAAGAUAUUCAUGAAGGGGAUCUCAUAGAGGUCGUGCUCUCUGCUCAAGCUACAGUGGAGGACUUCCAAAUUCGACCCCAUGCCCUCUACGUUCACUCCUAUAAAGCACCAGCUUUCUGCGACUACUGUGGGGAGAUGCUGUGGGGUCUAGUCCGACAAGGCCUUAAAUGUGAAGGUUGUGGUUUGAACUACCACAAGCGAUGUGCUUUUAAAAUCCCAAACAACUGCAGUGGGGUGAGGAAAAGGCGACUGUCCAACGUGUCCCUGCCCGGCCCAUCCCUGUCCAUCCCACGGCCCCCCUCUGUAGAGCAUACCGCGGCCGUCCAAGAGGAGCAGCGCCCUCACCAGGAGGCUGGGAAGCGCAUCCCCUCAUGGAGUGGCAGGCCCAUCUGGAUGGAGAAGAUGGUGUUGGGGCGGGUCAAGGUGCCGCACACCUUCGUCAUCCACACGUACACACGGCCCACCAUCUGCCAGUUCUGCAAGCGCCUGCUCAAAGGGCUCUUCCGUCAGGGAAUGCAAUGUAAAGACUGUAAAUUCAAUUGUCACAAACGAUGUGCGUCAAAGGUGCCAAAAGACUGUCUGGGCGAAGUCAUCUUCAAUGGAGAACCAGCAAGUCCAGGGCCAGACUCGGACACCACCAUGGAGGUGGACAGCGUGAACAGUGACAGCAGCCGAGGGCUAGACGACUCAGAGGAGCCCUCCACUCCGGAGGACAAGAAGAUCUUCUUCAUGGACUCCCCAGAUCUGGACCGCGAGAAGGACGAGGAGCCGGUGAAGACCAUCAGCCCCACCACCAGCACCAACAUCCCUCUGAUGCGGGUGGUGCAGUCCAUCAAACACACCAAGAGGAGGAGUUCCACCAUGGUGCGUGAGGGAUGGAUGGUGCACUACACUAGCAGAGACAACCUGAGGAAGAGGCACUACUGGAGACUGGACAGCAAGAGUCUGACCUUGUUUCAGAAUGACUCAGGGGCCAAGUUCUACAAGGAGAUUCCUCUGUCGGAGAUACUUCAGGUGGAGUCUGCCAAGGACUUCAGAAACCUGGCUCUGGGAGGGACCCCUCACUGCUUUGAGAUCAUCACCGCCACCAUGGUCUACUACGUGGGGGAGAACACGGUGGGCCCGCACCUCCACGUACCCAACCCCGUGCUCGCGGCGUCCGGCGUGGGCCUGGAGGUGGCCCAGGGCUGGGAGAAGGCCAUCAGGCAGGCACUGAUGCCCGUCACGCCACAGCCCAGUGUGUGUGCCGCUGCUGGACAGGGCAAAGACCACAAGGAGCUGUCCAUCAGCAUCUCCGUGUCGAACAGUGAAAUCCAGGAGAAUGUGGAUAUCAGCUCAGUCUACCAAAUUUUUGCUGAUGAAGUGCUGGGAUCGGGGCAGUUUGGAGUUGUAUAUGGAGGGAAACACAGGAAAACAGGGAGAGAUGUGGCCAUCAAAGUGAUUGACAAAAUGAGGUUCCCCACCAAACAGGAGAGCCAACUGAGGAAUGAGGUGGCCAUUCUACAGAACUUGCAUCAUCCCGGCAUUGUCAACCUGGAGUGCAUGUUUGAGACACCAGAGAGAGUCUUCGUCGUCAUGGAGAAGCUUCACGGUGACAUGCUGGAAAUGAUUCUCUCCAGCGAGAAGAGCAAACUCCCUGAGCGGGUCACCAAAUUCCUUGUUACGCAGAUCCUAGUGGCCCUGAGGCAUCUGCAUUUCAAGAACAUCGUCCACUGUGACCUGAAGCCUGAAAAUGUUCUCCUUGCAUCGGCAGAGCCUUUCCCUCAAGUGAAGCUCUGUGAUUUCGGGUUCGCUCGAAUUAUCGGCGAGAAGUCGUUCCGGAGGUCGGUCGUUGGAACGCCAGCGUACCUGGCCCCUGAAGUGUUGCGGAGUAAAGGCUACAACCGCUCGCUGGACAUGUGGUCUGUGGGCGUCAUCAUCUACGUCAGCCUCAGCGGAACCUUCCCGUUCAACGAGGAUGAGGACAUCAACGACCAGAUCCAGAACGCAGCGUUCAUGUAUCCCCCGCAACCUUGGAAGGACAUAUCCUCUGAAGCUACAGAUCUCAUCAACAACCUGCUCCAGGUGAAGAUGAGGAAGCGGUACAGUGUGGACAAGUCUCUCAGUCACCCGUGGUUACAGGACUACCAGACCUGGCUGGACCUGCGGGAGUUUGAGACGCGGAGGGGGGAGCGCUACAUAACCCACGAGAGCGACGACGCUCGGUGGGAGGAGUACGCCAACCAGCACACCCUUGUUUACCCCAAACACUUCAUCAUGGCUCCCAACCUAGAUGACAUGGACGAGGACCCCUAGAGGCCUGGAGGACCGCACGGGGGGGUGUGUUUGUGUGUGGCCAUAUGAGGAGUGACAGCAGAUCUCUCUGCUUGUGAAGAGACUCCAGGAGGACAGGGCUUGUUGGCCGCUGUCAGUACAUGAGACUCAGGCAGUGCAGGACGGAGGGCACUGUUCUCUCAAUAGACAUGUGAUCGUGGGCAGUGGGCACCAGGAUCUGAAGAGGUGCUGCGAAUGAACAGGGGGCAAGUUGAGGCCCACGUGGACAGACUUUAAGGGACACGUUCUUUUUCCCUUAUUCUCUUCUAAUAUAUCUAUAUUUUUAUAUUUAAACAUGCAUUCCUUGCCUUUAGAAGGGCGAUCGCCAUUCUGUGUUUUAGCCUUUUGAAAGCAGAAAGAGGGCAACUGAACAUGCAGUAGUAUAACAAUAUUAUUAUUAAUGACAUGAAUAAUAAUAUUAAAUGUCAUUUUAAUUGGGAGAAGUUGAGAUGUUUGCUUGCAUGAUUUUUUUUUUUAUAACGUGAAUGGGAAUUGUUUGUUUUUCCUACUUGUUAUUUCAAUAAUGUUUGAGGGUAUUGAACUGGAACACUUUUCUUAUAUAUUACAGUGUUAUCUGAGAGACUAGUUCUCUGUGCUGCGGCUCACCCUUGAUAGCCUUUGAUGCAAGCUACUGGACCAUAAUUAAGAGACAAGAAACUGGCUGCUACAAACAGAAAUGUAAUAUUUUUAUGAUAACAAGACCAAAGAUACACAGCCAGGGCAUACUGACAAGCAUUUUUGGGCACCGACUCCAGCCCUGAUCUUUAAAAUAGAUUCUCUAUUGAUAAAAGACAAUGAGCUGAGUUCCUAUAGGUACCAAAGACCAGUCCCUUUCAAAAGCAAUAUUUCCACUGUAAAGCACAGGGAGUUCUCUGAAUCCUCAGCCGUGAGUCUUUUGAAUAGAAAGCGUAGUAGUCUGUCUGAAACAUUGAAAAUGGAGCUCUAGCAGAAUACAGUGGUACCAGAUCAUUCAGUGGUGUAUGAUCAUUCCCUUUGAUCAGUAUUCAGGAUACCCACCACUUCUGCACAGUAUAUUACAACCUUCAUGGUAUUCAUGGCUGCAUAAAACUAAUGAGAAUUCAUGACACUGACUAUCAUAUUUUGGAAUUUUGGGCUAUAAUCAUGUGAAUUUUGAAUGUUUGUUUUUGUUGAGAACAGAUACCCUAGUGUGCAGCCCACUCAUAAUGUCUUAUGGCCAACUUUUUUAAAAAGCAUUCCAUACUGAACAUUUCUUAUUUCACGUGGCUUGUCAUUUAACAUGUUGGAUAACACUAAUGUUGUCUGCAGGAUUGUACGUCUAUGAUAGACAAUAUACCCUAACUCUAGCAUAGGUUUCUUCAGUUUUUAAUACACAUUCCAAUGCCUCAAGGCUUUUCCUGGUGAGUGUGGGGUUGACCUCUUGGUCACAAUGGCACAAAGUCCCUGAGAGUUACAAGAGUCCCUGCCUUUCUGAAGUUCCGGAAUAAUUUCACUAGAUUGUGACACAUGCGUGCUUUCUGUCUUUAACUUUGAGAGGAGCCAGUUGUUAUUGUCUGCUUUUAUAGUUCAUCAUGUUGGUAUUGCAAUAAACUCUGUAACAUGUUUACUCUAAAUCCCUUACACAGACAGGCUUGCCUUCGGAAAAAAGAGUGGACAAGAGGCUAGGAUAGCCUAACUGUCUGUGAUGUGUCUGAAUACUAUAGUGUUAAGCCAUUGCCCAUGUCUGAAUGCCACAUCUAGUCUUGUAGGCUAGACAAUGAUGGCGAAGUUUCCACUUGAAAUGAACUUAAUAGGGUUUUGGACUUAACGUCUAACCACGAAAAGAACAAUGUGUAUGUAGCAUUCAAAGGAGUUUGAAUAAUGUCAAUGUCACAUUGAGGUUAGAAUGCUCUAAAGUAGAACCCCACUUUUCUGCAUGCCAACGUCUGUUCACUGCCACUGGGAUGUCAUAUUUCUGUUUCAGAGGCCAAAUUAACAAACUUUGGCAGAUUGAAAUAUUGAAGUCUUGUUUAGAGUGGCAAAACACCAUCUCAGCCGAAUGUGACAUUAUGGUUUGGGAUUUUGGAAAGACCACCCUUGUACUGUCUAUGUUGCCACUGGAUUGGCAGUUGUACGUGUUUUGUAUAUUUUAGUACAUACAGAUUUUAAUAAUAAAAAAAAAUAUCAACCAUU